AUGGACAAUUCUGAACUAUUGAUCUGCCAUGCGUGUGGCGAAGACUGGGUUCGGGAUUCAAACCAUUACGACAACCGCCUCUUGUGCCCCAGCUGCGGGUCCGAUUUCGUACAGAUCGUAUGCAGCUCCUCGUUCCCUGUCAGUCUUGCCCCCCCUGAACGUGAACGUGACGCCUUUCCCCGCGCCUCUAUAAACCCCUUCACGGACCAUAACCCUUGGGCUCAAGAUCAAGAAUCACCUCCACAUCCGGGCUCUGCAGCAUACGACCCCAUGGAUUUCGCUUUCCCCGGUUAUUCCCAUCAUACCUAUCGGUCUCCUGAUGGCCGUUUCUCUUUCAGUUCCUCUACUAUCCGGGGGAGCUUCCCACCCCGCCAAGGUGCUGGUGGUGGUGGCGGCGCUGGCGCUUACUCAAACCCCAUGAUCCCCAUGCUCCAAACAUUGCAGACAAUACUGGGAGACAUUUCAGACGCACAUGAUAAUGAUCAUCACAAUCAUCAUCACCACACAGAGCAGCAGUAUGGAAAUAGAAGCCCCAGGCCGGAAGAGUCGUCACGCCGAUAUUUCCCAGACCCCGAUCCCGCUGGCAUAGAUGAAUAUGCGGAACUCGAAGGACUAUUCCCCGCGACUCAAAUAGACCCCAACGCAUGUCGCCGCCUGUCGAAAGCUUGUCCGAGAACAUUCCACUAUAAUUCCGGCCCAAGGCGUCGGACCGGAAGGCCGAACCCCCAAAUGCCGAUGGGACCUGACCCGCUCACGAUGCUAAACGCAAUGAUGCGCGAAAUGGCUGACCCAAGGCAAAGGGGCCGAUACGGCGACGCCGUCUAUUCCCGCGAAGCGCUGGAAGAAGUCAUCGCCCAGCUUGGCCAACAGGAUGCACAGGGUGCCGGCCCGCCGCCAGCAACCAACAUCGCUAUCCAGUCACUGCCUAAGAGGAAAGUCAACAACGAAAUGUUAGGAGCGGACGGUAAGGCUGAGUGUGCUAUCUGCAAGGAUGGCGUCGAACUAGAUACCGAAGUCACGAUGUUGCCCUGCGAGCAUUGGUUCCACUUCGACUGUAUCGAAGCGUGGCUGAGCAGACACAAUACUUGUCCGAAUUGUCGUCGGAGUAUCGAUUCUACUGCGAGCCCCCGCGAAGGCACCCGCGAAAACCCGGUCGAUAUCCAGGAUAGCCCUGAACAGCAGCAGCAACAGCAAGAAUCCGCGUUCGGCCGGCGCCGGCGGCGUAGCUCUCCAUUUUCGCGCAGUUCUCGUACUAGUGCUCGGUCUUCGUUUUCGCGGUCCAGCAACAACUCACCCACGCAGGACGCGAAUGAACCAUCCCGGCCCAGGCGCCCCAGUCGAAGUGAAGGGCAUCAUCGUGGAGGAAUUACCGGCUGGGUCUGGAGCCGGUUUGGCGGCGGUGGUAGUGGCUGUGCAUGA